UGCAGCCGCCCUGUCUGGCCGUCCACUCCAGCGGUGGCCGAGGCAGUCCCGGGGCUCUGCAGCUGUGCUACCAGGACCCAGCGAAGCCAGGACCCACAACGCCCAGAGUGCAGGAGGGGAGUCCGGCCAGGAGUACGUAAGGACAUGUUAGCUGUGCACUUUGACAAGCCGGGAGGACCGGAGAACCUCUACCUGAAGGAGGUGGCCAAGCCGAGCCCAGGAGAGGGUGAAGUCCUCCUGAAGGUGGUGGCCAGCGCCCUGAACAGGGCGGACCUACUCCAGAGACAAGGUGGAUAUGCCCCACCUCCAGGAGCCAGCAGCAUUUUGGGACUCGAGGCCUCUGGACGCGUGGCAGAGCUGGGGCCUGGCUGCCAGGGACACUGGAAGAUCGGGGACUCGGCCAUGGCUCUGCUGCCUGGUGGAGGCCAGGCUCAGUAUGUCACCAUCCCUGAAGGGCUCCUCAUACCCAUCCCAGAGGGACUGACCCUGACUCAGGCUGCAGCCAUCCCAGAAGCCUGGCUCACUGCCUUCCAGCUGUUGUAUCUUUUGGGAAAUGUCCAAGCUGGAGACACUGUGCUAAUCCAUGCAGGAGCCAGUGGUGUGGGUACAGCUGCCAUCCAACUUGCCCGGUUGGCUGGAGCUAUUCCUCUGGUCACAGCUGGCUCCCUGCCCAAGUUACAAAUGGCAGAGAAGCUCGGAGCAGCUGCUGGAUUUAAUUACAAAGAAGAGGAUUUUUGUGAAGCAACGCUCAGAUUCACCAAAGGUGCUGGAGUUAACCUGAUUCUAGACUGCAUAGGUGGAUCCUACUGGGAGAAGAACGUCAACUGUCUGGCUCUUGAUGGUCGCUGGCUUCUCUAUGGUCUGAUGGGAGGAGAUAAUGUCAGUGGGCCUUUGCUUUCGAAGCUACUUUUUAAACGAGGAAGUCUGAUUACCAGUCUGCUGAGAUCUAGGGACAAAAAGUACAAGGAAAUGCUGGUGAAAGCAUUCACGGAGCAGAUUCUGCCCCACUUUUCCACGGAGGGCCCCCAACGUCUCUUGCCGGUUCUGGACAGAGUCUACCCAAUGACUGAAAUUCAAAAGGCCCACGAGCACAUGGAAUCUAACAAGAACCUGGGCAAAAUCGUCCUGGAGCUGCCCCAGUGAAGAGGGCGCAGGACAGGUCACGGCCACGCCCGGGCUUCCUGGGGGAAACCUGGAGAAAAUGCACAGUACGCAAGCAAGGGCCUGGCUGCUUCUGCCAGGUCUGCCUCGUCGACUGAUCCGGGUAAAGUCGGUCAAAGGAAAUAAA